AAAGCGUUGAACAAAAAAUGUCUGCAGGACCCUCAGCUGUGCCAGAUUCACCCGCAGAGGCCGACUCUCUUCGUGCACAGAUAUUCCAGAGAUUACAUCCACGUGCCUAUCUUGAACGCUUUCUUGCCGAGAAUGUCAGACCCGAUGGGCGUGCAUUUAGUGAAUGGAGGGAUGUCUCUCUAAAUGUCGGAUCAAUCUCUACCGCUGAUGGUUCGGCCCUGGUGCGAAUGGGCGAUACCACCGUUGUCUGUGGCGUCAAGGCAGAAAUCGCAGAACCCGAGUUAGACCACCCCGAUGAAGGAUACCUCGUACCCAAUCUUGAUCUCCCCGCCAUGUGUUCUUCCAAAUUCAAGCCUGGACCUCCCACAGAAGAAGCCCAGGUGCUAUCCGACAGACUCAACCAGGCUCUAGUCAUGUCGGGGGUUAUUUCUCUAUCGUCCCUUUGCAUCCACUCUGGGCGUUCCGUUUGGACACUGUACGUCGACGCGACAUGCAUCAACUAUGCCGGAAAUGCUUUUGACGCGACGCUAUUGGCCAUGGUCGCUGCUCUAAAAAAUACUCGAAUACCUCAGGCUUCUUUUGACGAAGAAAGUGGUCGUACGGUCUGUUCUAGGAAGAACAGAGUGCCAUUGACUCUUUCGCGGUUCCCAACGUCAGCGUCCUUUGGAAUUUUUGACGCAUCACAAAUCCUAGCGGAUCCAACAGCAUUCGAAGAGCCAUUGUUAGAUGCUACGGUCUGUGUCGUCGUAGAUGAGGAACCUGAGUUGAUAUCUGUCAAUGGAGUUGGGUUGGGGAUUACGACAACUGUAGACUCGCAGAAAACGAUCCAGGCUUGUAUUUCAGCAGCCAAAAACCGUAGCUUAGAGCUUCAAAAACUGCUUUGACUCGCAUCAUA